UCACGCCCUACGGUAGAUUAUAUUCUAGUCCGUGCCCUUAGAUCAAAUUAUUAUUAUACGAUCCAAUAACUAGGUACCUAAGACUCAAGUCCGUACCACGAUAUUAAUUCGUGGUCUGUCGCAUGCUAUCAAUUACCUAUCAUACUUGCAUUGCUCUUACACACGAUUAGAAAUACAAUAUACAUCUUCAAUCGUGAUUGUACGCUUUAUAAUUUUACUUUCCUAAUUUCUUACAGUAGUUAGCAUAACUAAAAAUUGUAAGAACUAUAUAGAAAAGACGUAGACAACAUAAAAUAUUAUAAUAUGUUACCUAUUACAUCUUAAUUACCUACCGCAACAGACUUCAUUGAUAGAAGUCCCAAGUCUGUGUGGCCGUGUGGCCGUGACGCAUACAUAGAGCAUUUAGAGAAGGUACUUUACUCUAAGUCUAUGCCGUGACACUGUGUAUACAGACUGUAUGACGUUACUUCAACUUAUUACCAACAGACCAGCAGGCUGUCCAGGCAUCCAGCACUCCAGUUACACAACUACCACCACGGCAGCACAAAAAAAUACCUGGUGAAAUUUGAAUAGAUACCAAAUUUUGAUUAUAACUCGAGUAAAGGCAAGAAUUAAGAAUAAUAAAUCGUUUCGACAUAAAAUAGAAUAUUAUGUGGACAAUUUUGAAGAAUUACAACAAAUUGUGUUCAUUAGUUGAAAAAUGACAACCAAAGUAUUUAUUGAAGAACAUUUAGAUAAAUAUCUGAAAAGUUUAGUUAAAGGACAGUCGUUCAUUCCAGGAGUAAUUAUUGGACAAGUCAUAGGAAACAACUAUCAUGUAGUCCACUUAUCAGCAAUGACCAUAUGGAAUGAAGACAUACAAAAUAAUAAAAUUGAUGUUUUGUCUUACAAAACUCUUUCUGAUCUUUUAGCCAAUAGUGAUACAAUAUUCCAAAAGUCUUUAGAAGUAGCAACGUUAUUACCAGGGGGUUCACAUGUACUUGGUUUAUUUUUUAUUGUUCCACAAGAUUUAAAAACUAUUCAACCAAUAAAUAUUGAUUUUUGUGAAUUCAAUAAUGUAUUAAAUGAACAUUUGCUAUACAAAAAAACCAAUGAAACAUGGAAUUACUUAAUGUUAAACUAUUCAACUGUCAACAAAAAAUCAUUUUGUUACUCAGUUGAUUUCAAUCGAGUAAAUGGUCUUGAAAAGACAACUUAUAAGGCGGUAGAUGCAAUUUUUGGAUCAUUUGAUAAUGAUUGGGUAACUCUUAUUGGAACAUUUAAUUUUGGAGCAUUAGAAAGACUAAAUGUAGGCGGUGGACCAAAAGCUUUGUUUUCUAUUCGUGAUAGUUUAUUAGAUAAAUUUGAAUCUGUAUUAAAUGAAUCAAUCUAUACUUUUAAUGGAUGCGUAUGUGAUGAAAAUAAAACCCUUAAAGAUUUUGAAUGUGAUGAAAUUGAUAAUUUAUUGAAAAAUGUUGUUAAAAUUGAAUUUUACAGAAAGGUUGAUUUGGGUAAUGAAUGUAAAAAUGCUUCACUCAAGAUAGAAAGAGGAAAGGGAAAGAUUUUGAUGUCUGGCCUUUGCAGUGUAGCAGUACCAUUUAACCGUAAUGGCACAAUUAAGGAUGCCAUAAAGGCUAUUCACGAAGAUGCCAUGCAGACAUUUGCAACUCGUUUAAAAAUGCAUUUGGAAUCAAUGGUUGAAGAGGAAUCUCUUGAAGAAGAAGAUGGAGAUGCAAACAUUGUACAUGAAACUCCGCGUCGAAUAUUAAUUAUAAAGACUGAAGGUUCCAGAUUUGCAUUCAGUGAUUAUGUGUUUCCUGGCGAAACUUCUCAAGAAGCAUUAUAUGUGGCUGGAGAAAUAUUGAAUCUACCUGAAGACAAAAUAGAAUUAUACGAUGUGUUGGAAAAAGGACGACAUUCGUACUAUGAGACACUGCAAGAUAUUGAUAGUAGUCCACCACAAGAUGCAAGUACUUCAACCUCAAAUAAUAGGCUAAUUUAUUUCUCGUGGGCAGUUUUGAUAUUGGCUAUUUUAGUUUACGGUAUCAAACAGGUUUUUGUGUGAAAUAUAUUAAGGGGAAUCAAAUUUAACUGUAAAAAUAACAUUCCUUAAUUUAUUUUUUAUUUUAUUUUAUGUUUGUUAUAAAAAAUGUAUAAGUUAUUAUUAAACUAAAGUAAUUGUUUUAACAAAUAUGUAUUUAAAAUGUUAUGUUUGACCGAUUAAAGAAUUAAUAUAAGGUGUUGCAUAAAUCAUUCACCAAAAUUAUAAUAUUUAAAUACAUCUUUCUAUUUCUGUUGGAAA